AUGGAGAACGAAGAAGGGAACAACAAUGGAGGCAACAAUGGUCCACCACCCCCUCCUCCCACUAAUGCUGAGCUCCUACGACAGCUGGAGGAAUUGCGCCGACAGGUUAAUCGUGAACCAGCUGUGCCGGUGCAGAAUCAAUAUGUAUACCACGGAGUGGCAAACCCAACUGUAUUUAACAAUAUUGACGCCAACAACUUUGAGCUGAAACCAGGACUGAUCCAGAUGGCGGAAAACAAUGCUUUUAGGGGCAAAUCCUCAGAUGACCCUAACAAGCAUAUUGCCAAGUUCAUUCAGAUUUGCAACACGGCGAAAAUGAAUGGAGUGACAGAUGAUCAGAUCCGAUUGAGACUGAUUCCUUUUUCUUUGGAAGACGCAGCAAAGGAUUGGCUCGAGAGUUUGACACCGGGGUCCAUUAGAACAUGGGACCAGAUGGUCCACAAAUUCCUGGAGAAGUUCUAUCCCCCUAGUGAGGCUAUUAAGAGGCAACGCGAGAUCAUUGCCUUCCAGAUGAUUCCUGCGGAAACUAUCAGCGAUGCAUGGGGGAGAUUCAAAGCCUUGCUGAAGAGGUGUCCCAAUCAUGGUUUGUCCCCAACAGUGCAAGUCAUUACAUUCUUCAAGGGAUGUAUACCUGAAGCACAACGGGAGUUAAAUCUUAGCGCGAGAGGUAAUCUUCUCAAGAAAGGAGAGGAGGAGGCGAUGGAGGUGAUUGAAGAGCUUGCAUCCAGUGAUGAAGGAUGGAGCAACGAAAGGAGUAAGGUGCAUAGGGUAGCUUCUACCACGGAUCAUGAUACAAUGAGCACCUUAUCCGACAAGUUGGAUGCCUUAACCAUGAAAUUUGACUGCAUGGCGAUGAGGCAACCGUCUCAAGAGCCCCAAGGAAGUAUGGAGGAUGUGAAUUACGUGCAGCAGGGGGGCAACAUGUAUUACAAUAACUCACGCCCGAACUUUAAUGGUGGAGGAUACAACCAGUAUGGGAACAAGGGGCAUCCAAAUCUCUCUUACGGGAACCCCAAUAAUGCUCUGCAGCCUCCUCCGAGAUUUACAGUUUCUGAUGGGAUGGUGAACGACCCCAAGAAGAUGACCACAGAGGACAUACUCAAGUCCUUCAUGCUACAAUCUAAUAAGGUCAUGGAGCAGAAUAAUCAAAGGAUGGAGAAGGUCGAGACGGAUGUACAAGGAAUAGCCACUCAUUUGAAGAAUAUUGAUAUUCAAAUCAGCCAGAUUUCCCAGACUGUGAGCACUCUUACGCAACCGGGAAAAUUCCCUUCUACCACUAUCAUCAAUCCCAAGGACUGCAAAGCUAUACAUCUGAGGAGUGGAACAAACUGA